AUGGCUACCCCCAGUGUCCUUACCUUUGAUGUUGAGGGCCGUGCUGUUGACUUCGAGUGGGCCACACGCGAUGCUGCUGCCCAUCUUGCUGUGCGUCGCCACUUACCGACCGCUGAGCGUGCGCACUUUAGUCAGUACAAGAGUGCUAAGACCUUGUACGACGCUGUCGUUGCACGCUACUCUUCCCCUGCCAUUGCUGCUCUUAGCCGCCUCAUACUACCGUACUUGUUCCCUGACCUCCCCGCCUUUCCCACAGUCGCUGACCUCACUACGCACCAUCGCACUAGUCACACCCGCUACCGCGCUGCGCUUCCUGCUAAGUUCUGUGCCAAGAACCCUCCCCCCAUGUACAUCACCCAUUACUACAUAGUUACCCGGCUCCCUGACUCCCUUCGCUUAGUCAGGGACCACUUCCUCUCAGUUUGCCCCACCACACUUACCGUUGACCUUCUCGAGGAGCGCCUCCUGGCAGCAGAGAAGAGCAUAGUCGCUGUAGGAGCCUCUCGUGGUGACCCUCGUACCCCCGUCUUUGAGGGGUGUUCCCCCUCCCCCCUCUUCCUUUCUAUUGCUUCUGCUGUUGCGGCCGACCUCGUUGGCUUCGAGUCGGUCGGAGGUGCGUCUGCCCCUAGCGGGAGACGCCGCACCGGCAAGGGCAAGGGGGGCAAGGGCGCUGGAGGGGCUGGCGGGGGCGGUGGAGGUGGCGGUGGAGGUAGUGGAGGGGGUGGGGGUGGUGGUGGGAGUGGUGGCGGGGGUGGAGGUGUCGGUGGCAGCAGUGGAGGCGGAGGAGGCGGCGGCGGUGGCGGUGGGAGCGGAGGCGGCGGAGGUGGCGUAGGCGGCGGCGGCAGCGGUGGAGCUAGUCGCGGCUCUGCGCAGAGGAAUGGCUCCGGUGGUGGUCCGCGCCAGCUGCAGCAGCGCACUCGUGAGACCCCGUCCCCCCAGCAGCUUCGUAAGUGGUACGCUGGGCGUCAGCGAGGUGGGGGUACUGGUCCCUGUACCUACGUCCUCCGUACCGGCGACCGCGCUUGUGAGCAGUGCGGGGGCUCGCACUCCGUCCAGCGCUGCUUCGGCCGCCUGACGGACGCUUGGCGUCACCGCUAG